GUGCGCCUCCUGCAAGGAGCCCCUGGAGACCACCUGCUUCUACCGGGACCAGAAGCUGUACUGCAAGUAUGACUACGAGAAGCUGUUUGCUGUCAAAUGUGGGGGCUGCUUGGAGGCCAUCGCACCCAACGAGUUUGUGAUGCGGGCCCAGAAGAGCGUGUACCACCUGGGCUGCUUCUGCUGCUGCGUGUGCGAGCGGCAGCUCCAGAAGGGGGACGAGUUCGUGCUGAAGGAGGGCCAGCUGCUCUGCAAAGGCGACUACGAGAAGGAGCGGGAGCUGCUCUGUUUGCUGUCAAAUGUGGGGGCUGCUUGGAGGCCAUCGCACCCAACGAGUUUGUGAUGCGGGCCCAGAAGAGCGUGUACCACCUGGGCUGCUUCUGCUGCUGCGUGUGCGAGCGGCAGCUCCAGAAGGGGGACGAGUUCGUGCUGAAGGAGGGCCAGCUGCUCUGCAAAGGCGACUACGAGAAGGAGCGGGAGCUGCUCAGCCUGGUGAGCCCGGCGGCCGACUCGGGCAAAAGUGACGAUGAAGACAGUCUCUGCAAGGCCGCCCACGGGGCAGGGAAAGGAGCUGCCGAGGACGGCAAGGACCACAAGCGCCCCAAACGUCCCCGAACCAUCCUGACCACCCAGCAGAGGAGGGCGUUCAAGGCCUCGUUUGAGGUGUCGUCCAAGCCGUGCAGGAAGGUGAGGGAGACGCUGGCUGCAGAGACAGGGCUGAGUGUCCGUGUGGUCCAGGUGUGGUUCCAGAACCAGCGAGCCAAGAUGAAGAAGCUGGCCCGGCGGCAGCAGCAGCAGCAGGACCAGCAGAACACCCAGCGGCUGAGCUCGGCUCAGACGAAUGGUGGCGGGAGCACUGGGCUGGAAGGCAUCAUGAGCCCCUACACGGCCCUGCCCACCCCGCAGCAGCUGCUGGCCAUGGAGCAGGGCGUGUACAGCGCGGACCCCUUCCGGCAGGGCCUCACCCCGCCCCAGAUGCCUGGAGACCACAUGCACCCCUAUGGUGCCGAGCCCCUUUUCCACGACCUGGAUAGUGACGACACCUCCCUCAGUAACCUGGGUGACUGUUUCCUAGCAACCUCGGAAGCCGGGCCCCUACAGUCCAGGGUGGGGAACCCCAUUGACCACCUGUACUCCAUGCAGAAUUCUUACUUCACCUCUUGAGCCUCCCCAGAGCUUCGUGGCUGGGCUCCGUAUGGAACACCACACGUGGGAGGGCCGCUGGCUGCAGGACCGGAGGCCAGGACGAGGCGGCGGGGGAGGGUGUUUUGUCGGAGAUGCUGCCGAAUGAUGCUCUGGGGUGGCUGGCAUUUCCAAAGACUGGAUGCAUAACAGAUCGCAUAGUUUAAUGUUUCUAAUAAGAGUCUUAGCGUUAGGUUUGCAGGCGUGUUUGUCGCUAAGGACAGGGAUGUUUAACGUAGACAUUGUCAUGCAGGCUAGAUACGUAGAGACCCCAACAGCUUCCCACCUCCUGGGGAAGCUCCUGUGAAGAGGUGCAUAUGUCUAUUCAUCUGUACAACCCACAGACAGACAGACAGGCAGGCAGGCGGAUGUGUGUGUGAGUGUGACCUUCCAUACGUCAUCUUCAAAGCUGUGCCCUUGAUGGCAGACACCCACUGGGCAGCACAGGUGACGUUAUUUCCAGUGUGAGCUCUAUUUAAGGAAACGCUUGAUGCACUUAAGUUAUAAAAUGAGAUGAAUUACUUUUAUAGACUUUAUUUCUAGUUGGAAGAGACCUGUGGCAGGGCAGAGAGGGCUGCUCCCCGCGGCCCCACAGCUCCGGGCUCUGUCGUCAGAGCGCCACUGGGUGUGGGCAGCGGCUCCGUGUGGCCCGCAGGUCCUCUCCUGGGUUUGGCUCUCUUUGGGGCCUGGUCACUGGCUGGGGACAGAACAGUUCCUGGUUAUGUUCCUAGAAAGCGUGAAACCUAGUCCUCGGCUUUCUUUAAAACUGUGACGUGGUUGUGGGCGGCGCCAGGCAGUCAGUUCUGCUCUUGACCAGCAUCAUUUGCAGGUGGGGGUGAGGCUGAUAGUCCGUACCUCCCUUAUGGGGGACCCAAGGCCUGAUCACCCCCAGGACAUGAGCAGGGCUGAGAUGAAUAUCUGAGGUUUGUUUAAAACACAACCAGACCGGUCCCAUGGCGAAGGCGGCCCCUGAGGGCCACACCGCCCUGAACCCCUUCUGGGAAGCCUGGGCUCAGACACCACGCAGGACAGCGGGGGCACCAGAGUCCCGGGGAGGAGGCUGUGGCUGCGGGGCACAGAAGGGUGUCGUGGGGUUCCAGACCAGGGGGCACGCUGCAGCUAAGAAGGGUUUCUACAGUUUUAAAGGUUGUUAGAAAAUAAUAGUAAAAGAGGAGACUGCCACGGAGUGUGUGGCCCGGAAAGGCUGAAAUACUGUCUGUACUUUUCACGUGAGUGUGCUGGCCCGUCCUGGGCUCUGUUUCUGGGGCUCACGGGGUCCAGGGCCCCCCUCAGGCUCACUUUCCCGACCUGGCCCCGAGGACCCAGCUGCCAUCCCACACAGGGUCAGCUGCCCUCCGUCCUCCAGGGGCUGCUAAGAUGGGCUGCUUCUGUGCCCGGAGAAACUGGAGCGAGGCGCCGGGGAAGAUGGGGUCGGCUGGGACUCUGCGAGGUUCGGGACAGGCCCGGCCGCCUCCCGGGGCCACCGCCACUCAUCACAGCCUUGGACCCAGCGGUUCGCCCCAUCACUAGGUGCCAGGCCGGAGGGAGCACGCCCUUGCGUAGCGUCGUGGUCAUGUGAUAUUUGUGCUCUAGUGAAUAAUUUAUGCAAUAGCCUCAGCCAGCCUGGCGAGCGGACAGCAGGCGGCGCGGGGCCCGCAGGCCUCGGUGGGAAGGUCCCCUGGACAAGGUAGCAGGUCCCAUGUGAGUGAACCGAAUAGAGACCCUGUUCCACUCCUUAACCUUGCAAACCCAGAUGAAAUUAAAAACCUCUUACAAAC